GUGAACAAGCUCCCCCGAAACUUUUUCUGCCGCCUCUGUAAUCGAUAAUUUUUGGGCGGUGAGCGCGCAACACCCACCUAUUUUGCGGGGCCGCAGCAGGCUACAAGGGUACCUGUCUCUCGUAAUCUCACAUCAUUGGCUCAAUUGAGCUCCAAACUCUUGACAAGGCUCCACUUUAACCCGGCGCGGCCCCGGCUUGGAUGCGAUUUCUCGAUUUCAACCCCGUCGCCCGUCGCCCGUCGCCGUCCGUGUUGUCCAGCGCCAGUCCGAGUCCGAGGCCCGUCUCCGUUCCUGUUGCGUGCGCCGGAUCUUCAAUCCCUUGUAGCGGAUCCCGUCUCCGUCUUACUUCCGCUUACCUCAACCCUCUACCAAUCGAGGGUUUCCCACCACCCAGAUCACCGACAACAAAAAACAACCCUCCGUCGUCGUCGCCCCGCAAAGCGGAAUCCUCCUAGCCCACCAUGCAGCCCACUCGCAUCCUCCAAGGUCUCAAGUACCGCAAGUUGCGCCUGACCACUAAGGAUGUCAACAAGGGUUUCUACAAGGGUAACCGUACCGGUUCCAUGGGUACGCACACCAGCUACGGUACCUACAAGAUCGACUACACCAAGGUCCGCACCUAUGUGUGCCCGGAUCUGACCGGCUUCAAGCUCACCCCCUUCGUCUCCAAGACCAUCCGCCCCGUCCACGACCAGUUCCCCGGCGACAAGCUCGGCCCCAAGAACCCCGCCACUUACCUUGCUCGCUGGAAGUCUGAGAACGGUCUCGAUUAAAUGGUCGUCAUGCUACCAUCGAGGGGGAAAGGAUGGAGAGGAGGAGGACAUUACGAUACCAGACCACGGCGACGAAUGGAGCGAGGCUCACUCAACUAUCAAACUACCAACGCAAUAUAUACCCAAGUUCUGAUU